CUAGCACUGAGCCACCUUCCCAGCCUCUUAUUCUACUUUUGAGGAAGGAUUUCUGAAGCAUAUUUGUGAUUUUGGAGGCCUGGAGAUUCAAUUUGGAUUCCAUAGAGCAUCAAAGCCAUUUGUCUGAGUCACACAUAGGCUGGCAUAUUAUUGAUGUACUGUCGUGUACUGCUUGCUUUCUCUAGCAACACGUUUCCUAAGCGUGGCUUUGUCUCCUGUAAAACUGCCCAGCCAAAGUUGUUAGGACUUUAACAUGUGUUUUUUUUUGUUUGGUUUUUGGUUCCAAGGACUGAACAGGUCUCAUGGUUGGUAGGCAAACAGCUCUGCCAUUCGAGCUAUGCUCCUUUGUGUCACUAUCUUCUAUUCAUUGCCAACUCCAGGCACUGUGUGGGCUUCCCCACCGCUGAUAUAUGGAGAGGGUAUGGCCUGACGGAGGCCUAGGGUUUGUCUUCUGAACUGAAGGUUCCUUUCCUGCAGGUGACGGCCCGCCCUGCGCAGCGCCAUGCACACACUUGUAUUCCUGUGUACACAGCAGGUGCUUCAGUGUCAGCCAGCUGCCUACCAGGCUCUGCCCCUGCUUCCCAGAGCUUUUCCCCUGUUGUUUAAGGUGGCCUUCAUGGACAAGAGGACAAUUGUGCUGCGUGAGCUGGUGCACACAUGGCCCUUCCCACUACUUAGCUUCCAGCAGCUGCUGCAGGAGUGUACCCACUGUAGCCGUGCCCUGCUGCAGGAACAGCCUAGCACAGAGAGCAUACAGGCUGUGAUCCUGGGGCUGACUGCCCGUCUCCACACUCCAGAAACUGGGGCUGGCACACAACCCCUCUGCAGGAAGCAUGUCUUGCGGGUUCUGGAUAUGACUGGCCUCCUGGAUGAUGGUAUGGAACAAGACACUGGUACUAUGAGCGUGUGGGACUGCACAGCAGCCGUGGCCCGCACAUGUAUCGCCCUGCACCAGGGUGGGCCUUCCAAGCCAGGGCUAGUUCCUGUCCCUGUGCAGGUUCGUGUGGACCUUCGUGUGAACUGGGCCUCCUACACAUUUCUGCGUGAGGCCCUGCAGAGCAGUGUGAGAAGCGCGCUGCGGCUCUGCUGCCGGGACCUCCAGGCUGAGGACCUGCCCAUGCGCAACACUGUAGCCCUGCCGCUUCUGGAUGCAGGCUGCCUGCGCCAUGUAGACAUGCGCUUCAGCAAUCUGGGCCUGCGUGGCCUGUCUGUCAUCAUCCCACAUGUGGCCCACUUCCAGCAACUGGCUAGCCUUAGAUUGCAUUAUGUACAUGUUGACUCAAGACAGCCCUCUGUGGAUGGCGAAGACAACUUCCGCUAUUUCCUGGCUCAGAUGGGCCGCUUUGCCUCUUUGCGGGAGCUCAGCAUUGGCUCCUCUCUCCUUUCAGGCAGACUGGACCAGUUGCUCAGUACCCUACAGAACCCCUUGGAAAACCUGGAGCUGGCCUUCUGUGCUUUGCUGCCUGAAGACUUGCACUUCCUAGCACAGAGUUCCCAUGCUACCCACCUGAAGAAGCUGGACCUCAGUGGCAAUGACCUGUCAGGCAGCCAGCUGGUGCCCUUUCAGGGUUUGUUGCAGGCAGCAGCAGCCACCUUGCUGCAUCUUGAGCUGACUGAAUGCCAGUUUGCUGGUGCCCAGCUGCUGGCCACGUUGCCCACCUUGACGUGCUGUGCUAAUCUCCACUAUCGUCUCUGUGGAAACCCACUAUCCAUGGCAGGCCUCAAGGAUCUGCUGCGGGACUCAGUAGUGCAGGCUGAGCUGUGUACUGUGGUGUACCCCUUCCAUGUGGACUGCUAUGAUGGCCUGCCUUGGCCACCACCUGCAUCUGUCCUGCUCUAGGCCUCCAUCAAUGAGGAGAAGUUUGCCCGUGUUGAGGCCGAAUUGCAGCAGCUACUGCUGGCCUCAGGCCGUGCGCAUGUACUCUGGACCACAGACAUCUAUGGGUACCUGGCUGCCGAUUAUUUCAGCCUGUGAUCUCCAAGUUCUGGGUGAGACAGGCUAAGAGCCUUUGUUUGCUAGGAUUCUGUGGGAGGCCUGAUUCAAAGGCACUUGUCUUCGGUUUCCUUCAGGGUCCGCUUUACUUUACGGUCAGAACGUUAAGCCUGCUCUCCUUGCAGUGCCCUGCACCCGCUUCUUAGCUGGUCGACUGUUCCUACUGGCUGGAAUUUAGGCCUGCGCUCCCCUAUGUAUGGCUGCAUUUGGCUGUGCUCGGGCGUCCUGUGCCUCUCUGCAGAUAUGUGGGAUCCCAGCUGCGAGUGGACAGGAAGUGGUCUCUGGGCACUUUUAAAGAACUCGGGUUGGUGCUGGGAUAGCCCUAAGCCUGCCUGAAGUCUGGGGCCUUGCACUGUGUUCCUUGCGCUGGCAACCCAAGCCAUCCUAUUGCUGGCUUUGGGGCUAGAAGGUCAAGGUACAAAUGUUCAGCGCGUUUGGAACUUCAA